UUUCACUUGUAUAGUUCUACCUAGUUUGUUAAUCCAGCCAUGAAAUCAACAACUGCUUUCCCUUCACGACUCAGAGCGAAAUUAACUCUCUGUUCGAGCUACUAUAAAUUCCGUUUCCGAAUUUAACCGUUCUCUCUGAUUAGUUUCUAUGCCAAACUAGCAGAUUUGUCGACCAUGUGUGCUAUGGAUUGACAGGUGGCGCAAGUUCGCUAGACUGCUCUGCGACUGUCUGCAGUCAUGACCGAUUAAAUCAUUUUGAACGUGACGGCAAUACAAUCGUGCCAAAAAUCUACAUCUGGGCUGGUUUUUACUUUACUUACAUUCAUUCAUUAUCUGUUAUCCUCUAUUAGCGAGACUGCUUCGCCCCUAUCGUCUCUAACUACAACGCCAGAAAUGUUUCCUUUGCAACAUGUUACCGCUGCGGCAAAUCCUGCAGGCGAUCUCUAGUUUAGCCUAACAGUAUACCCUCUGCACCUUCUACGUUGUUCAGCUCCUCCAUCAGUAGGGUAUGUACCUCUCUAUGAUGAUACUCAGUUUUAGUGCGUCAAGCAAUCUCUCUACUGUGGAGAGAAAAUGAGAUAACACCGGACAUAUAUAUAUAUAUAUAGAGGCGGCGAGGACGCGAGACUGAGCGCGCACUUCCCAGCGUUCGUAUCCAAACAGACUUCAGAGCCACACGUUGUAAAGCGCUCUAAUCAGGAUUCGGCUAAGAAAUUUGUUUCAGCUUCCCGUUCUCUUCCAGUUUUUUCACUCACAGUCUCUAUUUACCUGUCUGUUGUUUUGUUCCCUUAGAAUGGCAUAGGCAAAGCGGUGACUUAACUUUUGCGCGUCAGUUGAGUUCUUUUCUGGAAUGAUCUGUAACACACAUUUUGCCCGUUUAUUAAAUAUUUUUCACAAAUUCGUUAUGCUUUUGUAGUGCUCGUCAACAACAUGACCAAGGAGAAAAUAAAAAAAUUACUACUACGAAGAGUUUAAUGAACGCGGUGAGCGCGGGCCGUGUUCUAGAGCUUGUCCACUGCCUUCAUAGGAAGUCAUUGUCCUUCAAUCCGUCUCAAUCAGUUGAUGUGAUCGCUCGAUAUAGGAAACGGUAGAUAGUCUAGUAUUUUCUUCGCAAAGCAGCCCUCUCUAUCGCGUGCUAAUGGUGCCUAUCACUGUUACUUCAAUGCCAUCAUGAAGCACGACCCGUGCUAUUCUACCUUUAUCUCUGUGCGGUUAGCUAACACUUCUCGUACGAAGUCCGAUUACGAAUUGAGCCGCCAUCUGUCACAUUUGAAUUUGGCGCCACCCACCCUUUCCCGGCUGCCCUCGCAGCUCACCGAUCGGCUGCGACUUAACCGCAGCAACUCCAGUGGUGGUGCGUGUUCGACGAGGACGAAAACGAAGUCUACGUCAAGCAAGACGAAAUUCAAUGCGUUUCAUGCCUGCUGGUUGCCAUCUAUGCAAGUGAGGGCAACGCGAUGGCCGAUUCGAGAGGCAGCAACAACUGUAACGGAAUCGAAAGCGGUAUUGUAAUGAGCCGCGGCGAAAGGGGCAGCGGAGCUGGUGGUAAGGGGGGCGGCGGAGCCGGUGGGGGCGGAGGAGGAGGUGGAGGAAAAGGCAACAACAAAGGCCAAAGCCGAGGUAGACGAAAGGAGAAUUCGGCCGUUGUGAAUAGCUCAUUAGCACCGCAUGCCGUCAAUAUGAAUAGCGCCAGCAAUAGCAGUGGCCCGCCAGCGAUUGUCACCAGCAGCACCUCAAGCAGUAGCAGUUUUCUGGCUAACUGCUCACGAGAUAACAGCAGUAGCAACAAUACAAUGUCAACAAAUGGCAGCAGUAUCAACAACGCAAUACCGACAACAUCGCUAACAAUAGUCUCAGCAGCACCGGGGGCUUUGGCGACAAUAAGCAGCAUCAACAGCAACAGCACCAGCUGUAGUAGUAACAAAAGCCAUAACCAGAGCAGCGGGGGGGCUCUGAUGGACAGUCAUCAAUCCAGUCUCGACAAUGGGGACAGUGCCCACUCGUCGUUGGCUGGUGGAGGGACUGAAGGAUCGACGCCAACCGAGAGCAUUUCUUCGGUAAGCCUCGACGAUGAUGCAUUACAAACGUCCACGGGAGCUACAACACACCACAACACGCAUCAUCACAACAAUAGCAGUCAUCCGCUGCUUAUUUCAACAAAUAGUUCCUUUCAACUUUCCCUUCAACAGAAUCAUCAUCACCACCACCAUUAUCACCACCAUCAUCAUCACAGUCCACCGAAUAGUCCCCAAUCCCCGCCUACGCCUGGGGAUCUCAGGGGAUCACAGGGAAGUGGUAGCUCGUCUGCGGCGGAUGUUCCACCAGUGACGGCGGCGGUGUCGUCGUCAUCGGUUCGAAGCGGACGAAAUAGUCAAAGCAGUCAUAGUCAGGGGGGCAAUGGUAGUCAGACUCGCGUCAGUAACGGUACGCCUCCUCCUCCUCUUCGGGGAAGUCCACCGCUAUCAUCGGCAGGGGCGGCGGCGGCGGCGGCGGCAACGGCGGCGGGUGGAGGAGGAGGGGGUGGUCAUUCGCACCGUAACUCGAUGAACAGCAACGUUACUAUCGCAAGUGCUCACCAAGGCCACCACAGCAGUAGUAGCAAAGUUGAUGAACAACAGACACGUGUUGGAACGACUGGUAAAGUCGAACGAGGUGAUGGCGAUGCGAAUGCGCGAACGGCGAUGACAUCUUCAACAGUGGCAGAUAAAGAGAAUAUAAGUGGCAGCGCUUGCACCAUAAAGGACGAUUCAGCUAGAGAUAACCGAGCAACGGUAACUACGCCCACCGAUAAAAGCAGCACCUGCAGUAGCAGUACAGGCAAGGGGCCUCGAAGCUUAGGCAGACUUGAAAAGGAUCUAUCGCGACAAAUUUCCACACUUACCAGACACGCACCGCAGGUUCCAAAGAGGUUUGAUGAGGCGGAGCACGAGGUAACGAAGACUUUUGAUAAACUACUGAAUGCGAUUCGAUCGCAGCGGGAGAGCAUUCUAAAGGAUUUGAAGACGCUGCGAAGAGCAGCCGAGGCGUUAUUACACAAUCGCAGGGUGGAAGCUGAAGAUCUCAAGCGGCGUGUAGCCGAAAACGAAGCGUUGCCGGAUGAGGAAAUGGAAACGUUGAAGUGCGACCUUCGGCGAUUCGUCGCGGAGAAAGAGGUUGACAUCUCACUUGGAGAGACAAAGCCACUGAUAAUUGAUAAGUGCUUAGUGGAUUCUCUGGUUACGAAAAUAAGCUCACUUGGGACGACUCAACGACUCAAUGAUCCCUACGAAAGUCGUGCAACUACGGCAAGAAAUGUGCCACCUCUACCUGAGGAAAGUGAGGUCUCAGUACCGGAACCUGUCGCAGCCGUAUCGGAAAAGGUGCAAUCGGUUCAGCCGUCGGUCCAUCAUCACAAUCAUCAUCAACAACAGCAGCAUCAACCGCGAUCCUCACCGCCGACGCCUGUGGUGGCAGUAGCACCUUUGACGCCAGCUCCAAUAGCUGCUCAGCCUCCAGCUCCGUCGGCGACGAUUGUUGCCCCCGUUCAGUCGCAUCUGCCGCCGCCGUUGCCACAGUCACAUCCCGUAAUAGCCGCGCAACCUCAACCCUUGCCGCAACAACAACAGGCUCCGCCAUCAGUAUCGGGACCGCAGCCGUCGGCUCCGCAACAGCAGUCUGUUCCGGUUCCACAGCCAAUCCAGCCGAUGCAGCCGAUGCAGCAAGUUCAGCAGCCACUCGUGGUGCAGCAGGCCACUCCACAACACACAGCUACCGUCGUAACAACAGCACCUAUUGCCCCUCCGCACCUUGCGCCUGUACAGGUACCACUGACCGCCAAUGUACCCCAGCAUCAUCAGCAUUUGGGCGGGGUACCCACAGGUGUUGUCCCGCAAAAACCUCACCACCAACCACAUGGUCAUCCGCCACACCCGGUUUCGCAUGCGGUCACCCAUCCGGUGACGGUACAGGGCGGACACGCCACUCAUACGGGUCAUGGUGCCAUACCGCAGAACAUGAUGCUCGUUGAACAGGGGGCGCCGGGGAUGCAGUCGACAUAUUUAAUUCAAUUCCCGUCAUCAACAUUGCUUGUCCACCCGAACAUAGUUCCUCACAACUUGACCAUUUUAGGUACUCCGCAAGCACCACAACAGAUGCAUCCGCAUCUGGACGAUCCAUCUGGGGGACAUGCGUUGCAUGGACCGCCCCAUGUGCCACCGCACACUGGACAUGCCCCACACGGGCCUCACCCCGCCCAGCAACAUGGCGGCCACGGAGGUCACAAUGUACCCCAUCCUUCCGCUCAACAUCAGCCUCACCCGAGUCGUUCGCCGCAAAUCAAAGUGGCAGCCUCACCUCCCCUGACAGCUGAUUCACCAGUUGCGUCUGCUGCUACGCCGGGCGAUGAUUAUCAGGUGGAUCACCCAGCAAACGUAAUUACACGGGGAAGCCAUAUGGGGGGCAAUCACAGCGGUAGCGGAAUCCGUUACGGCGGUAAUCAGACGGGAGCUGGCGGAGGCGGCCACAGUGGCGGGGGCAAUUACAACGGCGGACACCACCACGGAGCUGGAGCAGGAAGUGGAGGCGGGGGCAGCGGCAACAACAGUGGUUACAAUCGUCGCGUCGGUGGCGGAGGAGGGGGCAGCAACAAUCCAAGCGGGGGACAACGAGGUGGUGGUGGUAGCCGUGGCGGCUUCAACCAGCGUAGCACGUGGGGCAACCAGAACAGCAACUAUAACAAUGCUAACAACAAUAGCCGCGGAGCUCAGCCGCCAACAUUUCAUGGAGCGCCCCAGGGUGGGCAACAGCAGCAGAUUCAGCAGCAGCAGCAACAGCAGCAACAACAACAGACCCAGCAACAACAGGACCAGCAGCAACCGCAGCAGCAGCCGCAGCAAAAUUACAACGGUUACUCACAGAACAACAGCAGCGUGCGGGGCAGCACCUACUACGGGGCGGGUGGUCAGCCAAGCAACGGUUACCAAGAGGGCUAUCGGAGUUUCAACAACAGCAGCGGUGGGGGCCGUGGUGGCAACAAUUACCGACGGGGUUCGCAGUCAAGACCGCGUAAUCAGGCGACCAUUAGUGCCCAUGAUUAAGAAUUUAUAUUAUUACUGAUAUUGGCCUGCAGCCAAACGUAUCCGUUCCUUUUGUCUGCUCGACCGCUGCAGAAACGACCACACACACAACACAAAAUACUGUGCCUAACUGUGUGUGCGUGUGGCAGUCUGUGGUAUGUGAGCGGCAUCUUCAUAGGCUGAAAAACAAACUAUCACGAAACAGUUACGAACUAAUUGCUGAAGAAACAGAUAACAGACAAACAAACAAACAAACAACAGACUCACUAACAAUAGCUCUAUCAGCAUCUGAAGAUCUUCGAUCAUUGGUCAUAUUUAUGCCACACAGGCAGAUAGAUACUACGUACCAAUACUCACAGGAAAUGCUGCGAGACACUAAGAUAUUUUCGGGCUAGCAAUUCGAAAAUAUUCAUAUAGACGGACCGAUGAUCACACACGACGGACAAAAAAGAUAAAGACAAAUCAACAACAGAUUAAUGUCGAUAAUAAUGAUGUUGUUGGAUGGAUGAAUGGUUGGAUACAGCUGAUCUCCAAUAGACAGAAAAAAAUAGAGAAGAAGGAGGGAGUGCAUACAGAGAUAACGGACAGAACGAUGAGCGCAGGUUGGCUUUAGCCAGUCAUGUUUUUUCCCCGGCCCCUUCUACCUAGCUCAAUGCUGUUUGUAUAUAGUUUUUUGCGGUAAUAAUAUAACUAAUUACGCUGAUAAAGAUGGUGGUGAUGAAGAUAUUAACGACGGUAACACCGAAGGUGGUUGAGCAUGGUGACAGGCUGCGAAACUGAGUAAGAAAAACAAAAAGGCAGAUUUCCUCGCACUAGUGAUUGACUGGUCAGCGACUCAUCAGUUUUUGUGUGGUGUCAUGGGUUGUUUCAGCAUCAAAAACAACAAAUUAAUGAAGAGCAAAUAAAAACGAGGAUCGCUAUGAUCGUAAACGGUAGUUGUGGGGAUGAUGGAGGCCUGAACAGCGUGAUACUGCGGUUGAUGGGAGCAGGUAGAUGGCAGGAUAACGACACUGAUACGGUGACACGAAAUCUCAUCUUCGUAUAUGAAGUGUGCACUGUCUAUGUGAAAAACGGAGGGAACUUUUCGUUUUUACGAUCGAAGUUUAACAAUAUAGCAGCUGCUCGAGUAGUGUUAAGAUGGCAUAGUAGUAUUAUAGUUAUACGGUAGACAAGGGAAGGUUCGUUAAUUGUAUUAUAAGCAACGUCCGCUUUAAAGCGAACAGCCGAUAAUGUGUUGUUGAGGGUAAGCUAUACGCUAGAGUAGUAAAUACUCUAUACGGAUAGUCGUUUAUAGGUCUUUCGUCUUUGAUCCCUCUGAAAUGUAUGCAAAAGUAGAGCUGCUGAGGUGGUACAGUGAUGGGUUAGCCCAGCGGUAAUCGUUGCGUAAGACACGAACUAAUUGGAUUUUAUUCGCCCUCUGUGCUGUAUUGUAAAGUCAAAUUAGUAUCGUUCGACUAUGUCGUGUUCUACGGAGCGACUGCUACUACUAGCCUAGUGAAUAGACACAGCAGUUUGGUUGUUGUGUGAAUGUAUCAUGUCAGGUGAUGGACGUUGAAUUUUUGCCGUCGUUAGCCUGACCUCCGUACAGUUUAUUCUCUGAGCACGUAAGUCCCAUCUUCUUAGCUGUUUAAAAGCUUCUACCAACCGCUGAAAGACGCCAGUGCUCCCAGUCGAUCGUUGAAUGCGCGCACCCAUGCAUUUUGCCGUCGCUGUCUUCGGAAGCACGCAGAUUCAAUCACAGCAGAUAGAAUUUUGUAGAGAAAACAACAUACUGAAAUCCGAAGAGGCUGCAUUGUACAUAACAAGUUGAACGAAGAAAGAAGCAUGUUGAUGUAAAUUAGCAUUGACGGUUUUAACGAACGUCGCCAAGGUAACUCUCUCCCUUACUGUUUCUCUGUAUAAAAAAUGGAAAUGAGAAGUAGCAUUUCUUCUGCUACAGCUGCUGGAAAAAAAGAGCAGCUCGUUUAAUUUGUGGAUUCGCUUCGGCCUGCUCGGUUCAGUCUAUUCAAAGGGGCUGUCAAAGGCAAUUCUUAAGGAUGUCCCUCAAUAACCUGUCAGCGGACUGUCACAUACUUUUCGAAAAGUAAGCCUGCAUUGGAACGCAAAAUAUACCAAUCGACAAAAACAACAUGCGUGCAUACCACUUCUCAUAAGCCAUUGUCGCGAAUUCGAAACCCUAUCUGGUUAGCCUAUGUCAAUAGCAUACUUUUUCAAUAUCCGAUGUUCUUCUCUGAUAUCUGAUGUUCUUCGAUUCAUUUUGUAUCGAUCAAGUUGUUAUUGGUCUCUAAUUAAGGUAAAGUGUAGCAGGCGAUGCAAAGAACAUUCCAUCUUCUCAUCCAUUGUAGUUAAUCAGAAUGAGAGGAAAUUCCUUAAUGGUCUAUCUUUUUUUAUCCGUCUCUCGGCCGUUGUCGGUAUCGGCCGGUUGCGUAGUUUUUUAGGUGCCGAAAUCGUUUGUUUGCAGUCAUCGAAGCUCUACCUAGAAAAUUCUUGAUUUUGCAAGAUAUACUCAUUUUCAUCAACUAGUAGUCCCUUUCAUCGACGCUCAUUGCAAUGGCAAUGACAACAACAAUAACAUAAACGUGUAUUGACAAUGGAUAUUGCAGUAGAAACGGAUUCUGCGGUUCAUCGCUGCAAUUUGUAUUGGAGAAUAUAAUUUUCGUAUGAUCUGAGAUAGUCGGCGAUACGUGUAGCAUUUGUGUUGAUUGUGGAGCCGUUCUGAACGGGCUUGAACUGGGCGGGGCAGACGUGUUUUCGGAUGUUCCGAUCUCUGGCCGCGCAUCUCUGUCCCACUGCGUAAGUGCAGGGCAAUGAUCGAGCCACCAAAACCAAAGAGGUGUGGUCGCUGAGGCACCUUGUUGUUAAUAAUGUGAUUGUUAAUAGAGGCUUGGAGAAGAUGGCAAUCUUCUUUUGCACCGGUGCAGUUAAUGGUGCAGGUGUGGCUCUUAUCAAUCAACAAUUCUAUGAAUGUGUUUUCGCUCCCCUUCUCCCAUUCGUUUUUUGCAGACGUUUUAUGCAGUAUGGCAUUUUUAGUUAGUGAACCAAAUUAAUUGUCGUAGUAUAAUAUUAUUGAGAUAAAAAUAAUAAUCCACCAUUUUUCAGCUACCGCAUAUAAUAUUAUAAGGAAUAUUUUUAAGAUGUAAUUUUUUGACCCCUCUAUUUAAAUUACCUGUAAGUUUGCAUGUGCAUCUAGAAAAUUCAAGGUCAAGUGGGCUAUUAUAAAGAACCGUUUCAUUAGCUUUCUGUUUUUCUCUCAGAAGCGGUAUAGCUGCCCUAUAAUACUGCCGACCAAGUCGGCGACCACACCCCUUGUUGCAUUUGCUUCUCAUUUUUUAUUUAUUACAGUCUAUAUAUAUAUAAUAAGCAUUAUAGCUAUAUAUAUUAUAUAUUACUGUGUAUCACAACAACGACAAUGAUUAUACGCUGAGAUGAUAAUAAUAAGAUGAGAUCAAAUGUACUAAUGACUACCGCGUGCAUCAGUUGAGGUCAGCGAGUCAAGCUUUUUGUUUUUUCGUGUACACUUGUUUUUCAAUCAUAGUUUUUCUUUUCAUGUUUGCAAGAUUAAGAGGGAGAGAGAAAGAGCAAAAUGACAUAAAUAGAAUAAGAGGUUAGGUUAGUUGUUUGAAUGUUUGAUAUCAUUGAUCAUCAUUGCGUAGAGCGGCAAUAAAGGCCAACGGAAGGGUAUAUAUGCUAUUUAUUAUAUCUACAAGUGAUAAAAAAUAAGACACGUGCAGGUUAUAAAAGUGGGAAAAGAAGCAAACCAUAACACGACAUCUAGAUAUUAAAAAAAGGCUCGCGUAAGUCAAAACAACCCCCAGCCAACAAAAAUAGACAAAAAAAAA